AUGAAGCUACUCUACCUGCUGUUCUUCUCCCUUGCGGGUACAUCACUGGCGAAAAUUGGCGAUAAAUGUAACUCCAAGGAGGGUUCCGGCAUCUGUAAGAAAGUCAGCCACUGCACCUCAGGGUUCACCGUCACUGGCGCUUGUCCCAAUGACCCGAACGAUGUCAAAUGCUGUGUCGGCAAAGGCUGCACCAAAGUCAAUCCGGCACCACUCAUAAGUUCGGCCGGCAAUUGCUAUGACAGCAGCAAGAUCAAGUGUGUGGGUGGACGUUACGAGAAGGGGCUAUGUCCUGGCCCACGCAACGUGCAAUGCUGCGUAAAAGCACCGGUAUCAAACCCAAAGCCGAAGCCGACGUGCCCUUAUGCAAGGUCCGUGCCAGCCACCGGCCCGGACGGCGUCAUCUUUUCUCGUCAAGCAACCAAAAAGAUCAAAGAUCUCUAUCAGGAUAUAGAAUCGGGGAUGGAUCUUUGCAUAGUGGUCUCCGCAGUCGCGUCUUUUGUCGCUCCCCAGGUCGGCAUUCCUAUUGGCGUUGGCUGCGGACUUGGAAGUGUAGGCGCGAGUCGCAUAGCGAACCACGCGGACGAGUGUCUGGACAAGAACCAAUGCUUGAAGCUGAACGGCUUUUCAAUCCCCUUCUGCGUAGGUGGGAACGACUGUUGCACGCAGUCCGUUGGAGAGUGGAUCGAUCCUUGA